AUGGAGCACAUACAGGGGGCCUGGAAGACGAUCAGCAAUGGCUUUGGAUUCAAAGAUGCAGUGUUUGACGGCCCCAGCUGCAUCUCCCCCACCAUAGUUCAGCAGUUUGGCUAUCAGCGCCGAGCAUCAGAUGAUGGCAAACUUAUGGACUCUUCUAAGACAAGCAGUACUAUCCGUGUUUUCUUGCCAAACAAGCAAAGAACAGUGGUCAAUGUACGAAAUGGAAUGAGCUUGCAUGACUGCCUUAUGAAAGCACUCAAGGUGAGGGGCCUGCAACCAGAGUGCUGUGCAGUGUUCAGACUUCUCCACGAACACAAAGGUAAAAAAGCACGUUUAGAUUGGAAUACUGAUGCUGCCUCCUUGAUUGGAGAAGAACUUCAAGUAGACUUCCUGGAUCAUGUUCCUCUCACAACACACAACUUUGCUCGGAAGACCUUCCUAAAGCUUGCCUUCUGUGACAUGUGUCAGAAGUUCUUGCUAAAUGGAUUUCGAUGUCAGACUUGUGGCUACAAAUUUCACGAGCAUUGUAGCACCAAAGUACCUACUAUGUGUGUGGACUGGAGUAAUGUCAGACAACUGUUGUUGUUUCCAAAUUCCACUAUUGGUGAUAGUGGGGUCCCAGCACUGCCUUCUUUGACAAUGCGUCGGAUGCGAGAGUCUGUUUCCCGGAUGCCUGUUAGUUCCCAGCACAGAUACUCCACACCCCACGCCUUUACAUUCAACACCUCCAGCCCCUCCUCUGAAGGCUCCCUCUCCCAGAGGCAGAGGUCGACAUCCACACCUAAUGUCCACAUGGUCAGCACUACCCUCCCCGUGGACAGCAGGAUGAUUGAGGAUGCAAUCCGAAGUCACAGCGAAUCAGCCUCACCCUCAGCCUUGUCCAGCAGCCCCAACAACCUGAGCCCAACGGGCUGGUCACAGCCCAAAACCCCCGUGCCGGCACAGAGAGAGCGGGCACCGGGACCCGGGACCCAGGAGAAAAACAAAAUUAGGCCUCGUGGACAGAGAGAUUCAAGUUAUUACUGGGAAAUAGAAGCCAGUGAAGUGAUGCUCUCCACUCGGAUUGGGUCAGGCUCCUUUGGAACUGUUUAUAAGGGCAAGUGGCAUGGAGACGUUGCAGUAAAGAUCCUGAAGGUUGUUGACCCCACACCAGAGCAGUUUCAGGCCUUCAGAAAUGAGGUGGCUGUCCUGCGCAAAACACGGCACGUGAACAUCCUGCUCUUUAUGGGGUACAUGACAAAGGACAACCUGGCGAUAGUGACCCAAUGGUGUGAGGGCAGCAGCCUCUACAAACACCUGCAUGUCCAAGAGACCAAGUUCCAGAUGUUCCAGUUGAUUGACAUUGCCCGGCAGACGGCUCAGGGAAUGGACUACUUGCAUGCAAAGAACAUCAUCCACAGAGACAUGAAAUCCAACAAUAUAUUUCUCCAUGAAGGCCUGACGGUGAAAAUUGGAGAUUUUGGUUUGGCAACAGUGAAGUCACGCUGGAGUGGUUCUCAGCAGGUUGAACAACCCACCGGCUCUAUCCUGUGGAUGGCCCCAGAGGUGAUCCGAAUGCAGGAUAACAACCCGUUCAGCUUCCAGUCUGACGUCUACUCCUACGGCAUUGUGCUGUAUGAGCUCAUGACAGGGGAGCUCCCUUACUCCCACAUCAACAACCGCGAUCAGAUCAUCUUCAUGGUGGGCCGCGGGUAUGCCUCCCCAGACCUUAGUAAGCUGUACAAGAACUGCCCCAAAGCAAUGAAGCGGCUUGUAGCUGACUGUGUGAAGAAAGUUAAGGAAGAGAGGCCUCUUUUCCCCCAGAUCCUGUCGUCCAUUGAGCUGCUCCAACACUCUCUACCGAAAAUCAACAGGAGCGCUUCUGAGCCAUCCCUGCAUCGGGCAGCCCACACCGAGGACAUCAAUGCCUGCACACUGACCACGUCCCCUAGACUGCCUGUCUUCUAG